AGCGAUCAAUGCAAUGCCUUCCCGUCUUCUGUGCCUUGCCGUUGUCGGUCGGUCUGGCUGUGGCAAAGAAUCGCCUCUCUUCGUUUGAUCAAAAGCCCCUCGAGUCAUUGUCAUAGAUACAUGUGCGUGUGUUGUGUCAGCUCACUCGUUUCAUCGUCCAUCCCAUUCAUGCCUGUCUGUGUCUGUCCAUCGGUCUACGCCUCUUGUGUCGGCCACAGAGCGCAGACUGCGUGACGGGGAUAGAACGAGACCAAGCUGUGCACACACACACACACACACAGUGCAAGAGAUGGAUUGCCCACUGAGCCCUCUGGUCAAAUACUCACUUGUGGAGUGCGUCGAUUUGCUGCCUCACUGGCAACGCUGAUGACGCCCCGCGCAGCUUCGACGACGGAGAAGCGCCAAGACGCACCAACCCAACUCCACCGCCUGACACGCAGCAUGACAAUCGCGCACAUGACAUGCCCCUGUCUAUUUGUGUUUGUCUGUGUGCGUACUGCCAAUGCCGCUGUCGUGUGCAGGAAUCUGCCUGGGGUGCAUCUUGACCCCAAGUGCAUCGUCACUGAUCAGAUAUGUGCACACACCGGGGAUGGAUGGAUUGAUGGCUGUACAUAGCAUCGGUCUGUCUGACUCGUUCACCGACCGCGUGAGUAUUUUGUAUGUCGCGAGCAGGUCGGCCAACUCGACGCCAUUCGUCAGGUACGCCAAGGCCAAAUCGUGGCGGCGGAAACAGUAGCUGUGCGAGGCGAUCUCAGACCAAUGCCUACACGUCCACGACACAUACAGCGAAGAGAGAGAAAGAAGAAAGAGAUGGAUGGAGACAUAAGGUCCGUUUGUGUGUUUGUGUCUGUGUCUGUGCUGACUACCUGUUGGUCAUUUGGUUGAGGUUUGUGUCUGUCUGUUCCUGCAUGAUGGCCCCCUUCAACGCGUCUGUCCACUGCUGCAGCUCUGUGUCGUCCGUCGAAGCGAUCCGCUUCCCCACACCAGCCAACACUUCACCUGAACACACACACACGCGCACACAUUUGUUCUCACGUAAGAUGCUUUCGGCGCGUGUGGCGUACUCAUUCGCUGCACGACGUCUUCGGGCGAGGCUUUGCUUCCCUCCAAGUAACAGUGCAGCUCGUGUGCUUACGGCGGUCUGGUCACGAGGUGUGCGCCAGCGAUGUAGCCGAGCUGGGAUUGUGUGCGCAGGGUGUCGUAGAGAGACUGGUGCACGAGCUGGGAGAGGAUGCUCAGGUGAACUCCUUCCUCGAUGCCCAGGUAGGGGUACUGAUAGACCAGCAGGCUUGCUCCAUUGACGUCAUCUGCAUUUGGAUGAGACAUGAAUGUUUCCCCAGUGAUAUGUGUGUGUGUGUCUGUGUGUGUGUGUCUAUCUCACUCACUCACUCUGAAUGGGGUUCCAGGCCUCCACUCGAAUGUGCUGUCCUCGCAAUUGGGCCACAGCUAACUCGGCGGCGUCGGCAGGUGCGAGUGGGUGGCUCACGCCGAUCGUGUGUGCGAAUGCCGUGAUGACGUCCGCACUCUCGGCCUCAUUGAGAUUCCCACAGCUAGGCGACACACACACAGACACAGGUGGAGACAUGAUGAGAAAGGUCUGUGUGAAUUUGCAUGUCUGUGUGUGUAUGUUUGUGACCUCAGCGCCUCGAGGUACAGUCUGUCCAUCUGUUGUGCAAUGGUCUGGUGCAUCUGCUGAGUGGCUUCUCCCGCACUGCUCAAGCCACUGAGGAACGCCGCCAGCUCGGAGCGGUGGAAUGCCUGACGUACACUGAUGGCCUCGGCUAUCUGUGCACAGCACAUACACACAUACAUGCAACACGUGGAUGGAUCCAUGUGUUGUGUUUGUGGGUAAAUGCACUCACUUCGCCGGCGGACUGGACGGCCAGUCCUGUGUUGACGUCGCGCAGGUCAGAGAGGAGCGCACUGAGCGCACGCGACACAGACGAAUCUCCAGCCGUGGUGUGUGCGGUGGCGAACGCCUUUGCGGUCGCAUUGACGAGAUGAGGCAUCUGAAGUGCGUACGCUGUGAACCGGAAAGUCCACCCCCUUUGGUGGCUGUACGUGACACGCGCGGUGGCGCCGCACUGUCGCAGGUCAGCCAGGUCAAUGUCGAGGGCGUCACCGAGGACAUACUCAUACAGGCGGCUCAAUGACGACACACGCAAUGCAGCCUGCACCCAUGAGCAACAUACAAAAUGACAUACGUAUAGUCUCUCUAUUAUGCUGGUGCAGUCGCUCACCUCGUCUGAGUCGAUCUUGGGAGUCUGGAGGGACAGGACCACAUCCGCCUUCGGUGUGAGCACCGUGCGUGUGCUCUUUGCCGGUGGCUGCCCCUACCACCACAGUGUAGCGCCGUCGACGUUGAUGCGUGAGGGCCCAUCUCGGCCUGCCGUGCGAGUGAGUAGUGGCUGUGUCAACUGGGGGAUGAAGCGGAGCGGGGGAGGGACUGAGAGUGGCUCGCUCGAGGCACGCCAGGCGGCGAUGACAUCGGGAGGAAUGGGGGAGAUGGCAAACGGCACCCUGUGACAAAUCCAGAUGUCAGUUUAUGUAUGUCGAUAUCUCUCUCUGCGUGUGUGAGAGUGGCCUGACUUGUAGUGGCGGUCCGUCAUGCAGGGCGGCUAAAGAAUCGCAUCGAAACUCACCUGCAUGCACAACACACAAACAUAGAAGCUGUGUACACAUUGUUUGGCUUCGUGGAUGAUGCGCACGGUCUGCAAAUGCGAUGUUGGCCUUCUCGGGCGUCAUGUGUGUGUGCAGCACAUCCAUCAGCAGCUCUGUGUCGGGCACAUCCAUGAGUCCGUGCACAUCUGCCAGCAGGUCGCUCGGCGGCACAUGUGGGUAGGACAGCGACUCAGUGAGACGCCACGCAUCACCACCUACACCAUUCAGCGGGACAGUGCGAGUGUCUUCACGUGGCUCUUCCGUGUCUUAUUUACUCAUGUCCGUGCUCUUGUCGGUCCAGGCGAAGUCGACAGACGACAUCCGUGCCAGACUCGCAUACACCUCAUUCAGAUCAGACUACACACAAAACAACAGACAGCCACUCACAUCGUUUGCAUCUGUAUGCAUGGAUGGGUGUCACCUCUCGCAGUGCAUUGAGGUAUCCAAACAGGCGAUCCAGCACACGCGGCACGUCCUUCGAGCCCUUGCCGGUGAGUUCCAUCCGGAUCAGUGCCAUGUCAGCGACGCUCGACUGCUCGGCCCCAUACUCGACGGACGACACCAAGUCCUCCUCACGCAGAGAGGCGAAGAGGCCCCCACGUCCUUUGUGUUCCAUCAGGUAUCGCAGGGCCGGGUGGGGCUGGCUGCUCGAGACCUCGCGGAGGGGCGGCAAAGCAAAUGAGACGAACAGGAGAGGAUGCUCGUUCUCGGUUACAGGCAGGUGUAUCAACUGGUUGGUGUUGGUGCCGUCGAAUGGCGAGUCGUACCCGCCGCUUCUUCGCGUGAAGUCGUCUUGUGUGUUCUCACAUAUGCCCUCGUUGGUGGGGGAGACGACUCCGAACGUGUCGUUGAUGAGCUGCUGCUGCUCGGCCAGUGAGAUGGGCGAGAUGGUGCUUACCUACACACACACAAUAUUACAUCAACGGGUGUGUCUCACAUUCACAUCUGCAUACCGUCAUGCGAUGGCCGCAGUAGAAGCGAGAGUGGCUGACACACAGACGGCAGAGAGGAAGAUAUCAAGACAUGACAUAAAAACCUUCAUCUGUGCCAUCUCUGUCGUGCAUUGGCUACAAUCGUUUGAGUGCGGCGCCCAUGUCGACGCCCCGUUGUGCUGGCUCCGUCUCGAGUGUGUCGACCGAGCCCGUGGCGAAAUGUCCCAGUGGCCCACUCGCGAGUGACAUCAGCAGGUACUCCACUUGUGCGUCGACCGACGGCAUGUUCUUCUUGUGCUCGCUGUCGACUGCCUGCACCUCGCUGUGUGCCUCGCGCGCGUCGAGCAGAGGCGACGCAAAGAAGCCCGCGAAGCGCUGCAAGCCCUCGGGAAAGGCAGUCGCUUCCAACUGGGCGAAAAACACCGUCCUGCACGUUUGUUUGCAGAGAGAGAUACAGAAGGAGACAUGCAUGUCUCUGUGUGUCCAUCCAGCCGUGGAUAUGAGCAUCCGUACCUCUCUUUGUCUGUGAAGGCGUUUCCCUGGCCGCCGGCGCGUGUGAGGAACUCGUCGUCUUCCGACGGCUUUGGGUAAGCCGCUGACCCCAAAAAGGCCAUGUGCUCGCUGAAAUGUGCGAGCCCAUCAAUGUCUCCGUCGUCAUGGCUGCCCACAUUGACCGCACACGCGUAGGCCGCUCGAGUCGCUGAUGGAUCGUUGACCGCCACCGCCCGAAUGCCGUUGGCCAGAGUGAAGACGCGGUAGGUCCGGUCGUCGAGGCGAGGUCUCUUGAUGACGUCGGUCUCUUGAUCAACUGACCCAACGGCGGUUGCCGACAGCCAGCAGCACACGAGCAGACUCACUGUGACAGUCAACCGCAUCAU